AUGGCCACAGCCGUCACCAUUCCUGGCCCCCACAUAGGUGCCCUGCAGAGCUCAGGCCUCACCCUCCUCCUGUCCUUUGCUGCCCACUGCUCUGGGCCCCAGGCCAAGGGUCUUUCCCCAGGAGGGCUGGAUGCCAGCGGGGCCAACCUGUGGGCCAGUGCCAACUGCUCCCUGCUGCAAGGCUUCUGGUGCCAGCCGGCCAGCCAGCUGCCCCGGGACCAGCUCUCAGUCCUAAUCCAGAGGCUGGCCUUGCUGCAGGUCCCCCUCCAGGCCUGGCAGCUCAGCUGCUUGGCCAACCUGGCGUCACGGUGCGGCCUCCAGGACGACUUCACGCUCCACCCACCCAAGCUGCUGCUCUUCUACAACCUUAGCCGGGUGCAGGAAGCCGACUGCCGGGCCUUCGUCUGCCGUGCCGCCCAGGGGGACGUGGAGCUGCUGAGCCAUCUACCCGACCAGAGGGUCGCCCUGCGGCGUGCGGCUGUGGCCUGCCUGGUGGGCGCUGGCCUCCCGCUGGGCGCCGACCUGCUGGCCCUGCAGGGGGUGGCCCAUCCGCAACUGCUUGGGGCCCUGGUGUGUGACAUGGACGCGUCCAGCAUCGGUGCCACGGACCCCCGCGUGCUGGAGAACCUGUGGGGCUGCCCCCGGCUGACCGCCGCCCAGCGCAUUGCCCUCAACUCACUGCUGGCUGGUGGGAAGACCUCGCUCGGGGCCCCUGGCUCCUGGACACUGGAGGGGCUACAGGCCCUGGGGCCCCUGGCCACAUACAUCAGCCCUCACCUGUGGGCACAGGUGCAGGAGGCCGUGGGCCUGGGCUUCUUCCGCAGCGUGGUGGCUACAUGCCGGGCGGGGAGGCUCAGCCGGCGCAAGGCCAGGCGCUUCGUCACCAGCUUUCUGGAGUCCAAGACCAAACCAGUGUCCUCCAGGCCCAGGCUCAGCACAGGCAACAUCACGGCCGCCAUGCUGCGGGACGACCUCUUCCUGGUGCAGUACGACUGUGCACAGCUUGAGGCCUGCCUGGACGGCCGCAUCCUCAGAACCAACCUAGACCCCCUGUGGCGGCACCCGCUGCCCACUGAGUGCCAGCGCGUGGUCAAGACCAAGCUCGCACAGAUCUACCCACAAGGCCUCCCGGAGGAUCAGCUGCAGCUCAUCCCCUCGCUGGUCUACCUCUACUCCCGCACCGAGAUCGGCCAGUGGAGCAUCAUCUCCCGGGACACCGUCGUGGCUCUUCUGGCCUCUGACGUGGCCCUGGAGAACCAGACAGAGGCUGUGCUGCAGAAGUUUCUGGAGCACAAUGGCACGGUCUCCGGCGCCCUGCUGCUGGCCAUCGGGGGCACCCGCCUGUGCUGGAUGAGUCCUCCGCAGAUCCAGACCAUCCAUCUCCAGGACCUCCAGCUGGCCGGGGCCCUGGAUGUGUCCUCCUGCCCCCAGAGCCGGAAGGAUGUGCUCUAUGCCAAGGCCUGUGAGGCCUUCGGCAGCAGCAGGACCCCAGCUGCUUACUACCGCCUCAUGCACCCCUACCUUGGAGGCUCCCCUGGUGGAGCCCUGCCCCCCUCACCUGUCCCCCAAGGCCGUGCGCCGGUGAAGGAACUGCGGCACCUGACCCAGGCCAACAUCUCCAUGGACAUCAACACCUUCACCAGCCUGAACCCCCGACUGCUGCAGAGCCUGGAUGUCGGCGACGUGACUGCACUGCUGGGCCACAACGUGGGAGACCUGCAGAAGGCCCGCAGCCACCCCACCGUCAGGUCCUGGCUCCAUAGCCUCAACAGCUCCGCCCUGGGCCAGCUCGGCCUGGACACCGGCCCCGCUAGCCCUGUCGGCCCCACCAGCCCAGCCCACGGCACCAGCGGGCCCCGCACCAGCCACCAAGCGCUCCAUCUGGUCCACACCUGGGGCCUGCCCGCGAACGAUGCUCAGGCCUCCACCUCAGGGAGCCUGUGGGCCCUCCUGGGGUACCUGCCCCUGGCGGUGGCCCUGCCUUCCUGCCUCCUGUGGCUGCUGCACCUGGGGACUUGCACCCUGGUUUCUGUGGACAGCACUGCCUUAGGGUGGCUGGGUUCACAAGGGUCAGGUGCAGCAAAAACAGGGCUGUUAGAUUCAGCUGGACACCCACUUGGGCUGAGGGGCCAGCUCUAG